UGGCAGAGUGUGUGUGUGUGUGUGUGUGUGUGUGUCGCGUCGCGUGCGCACUGCUCGUGUUUGCGCGCGUCCUGCUGCCUGACGCGUUAUAACGCAGCGCUGCUCACUCAGAGUCAGUGUUUGUGUGAGUGUUUCCAGACUGUGCGGGUGUUGCCUGCUAAGGGAGCAGCAGUGGGUGUGUUCUCAAUGGCGCACACGCGCAGUAUGUAUGCUGCUGUGCCCGUUAUGUUCCGAAUGAAUGGAUGAAACGAGAAAUGUGUAUCCGUGCAGUCUAUGUAGUGCAGUGCGCUUGGUUCCCGUGAUGUGUGGCGGAGGCGGAGCGCUGAAUCCGUGCACUCGUUAGUGCGCUUGCUGUAGAGCUCACAGGCGGCGCUUUGUUCGACACGCACGCACGCGCUCCUGCCGCUAGAAGCUCGACACGUCACGCUGAAUCUAACGGAAACAGCGGCGUCUCAUUCGGGAUGAAGGCACCGAUCGCGCCGCGCUCGUCCGGCGGAGAAUAAGCGCGAGGAUCUGCUCACGGCUCACGGCUGCGGGUCGCGGAGGAAAGUAACGCGAGCGACAGGAUGAGGAGCGCGUUAUAGACACAAUCCUGCUCCAGACACUGCCGCUUCAUUCCCACGCGAUGGACACGAUGCAGCGCGACGCUUUCACGCCUCUGCUGGAGGAUUUUCUGCGCUCUCCUCUGGUGUGCUGGGUGAACACGGUCUCUCCGCUGGGCUCCGGGGGCUCUCCUCUGUCCGACUUCAUGACUUUAGUGGACGGGAUUCAUUUAAACGACAUCAUGACUGAGAUAAACCCAAAGAGCAGCGUGCAGAGAGUGCAGAGGAAGGUGAAGAACGACCCGGCGCUGCGCAUCCAGAACCUGUCGCUCCUCGUGCAGCAGAUCAAGUGCUGCUAUCAGGAGACGCUGCAGCAGCUGGUGGUGAUGUCACUUCCUGACGUGCUGGUGCUGGGCCGGACUCCUCUCAGCGAGCAAGGCCUGGAGGAGAUGAGGAAGAUCCUGCUGCUGCUGCUGGGCUGUGCUGUACAGUGCAACAGGAAGGAGGACUACAUCGACCGGAUCCAGACGCUGGACUUUGACACGCGGGCAGCCAUCGCCACUCACAUUCAGGAGGUGUGUGUCACAGUGUUGUGGCAUCAGAUGAUCGUGUCUCUGACUCUGGAGAGGGACAGUGGGCUCAGCUCUCUGCACUCCGCUCCGUCGCCCGGUGAGUCGAGCAUGAGACGCACGGAGAGCGUGCAGCAUCUGUCGGUGGAGCUGGCCGAUGCUAAAGCCAGGAUCAGACGCCUGCGGCAGGAGCUAGAGGAGAAGACCGAGCAUCUGCUGGACUGCAGACAGGAGCUGGAGCACGUGGAGACAGAGGUCAAGAGACUGCAGCAGGAAAACCUGCAGCUGCUGUGUGACGCGCGCUCGCUGCGGGCGUACCGUGACGAGCUGGACGCUCUCAGAGAGAAGGCCAUCAGGGUGGACAAGCUGGAGAGCGAAGUGACACGCUACAAAGAGAAGCUCCACGACAUCGAGUUCUACAGGACCAGAGUGGAGGAACUGAGGGAGGACAAUCAGGUUCUGCUGGAGACCAAGAGCAUGCUGGAGGACCAGCUGGAGUCUUUCAGAGCUCGGUCUGAUAAACAUCAUGAGCUGGAGAAGGAAAACCUGCAGCUUCAAAACAAGAUCCAUGACCUGGAGAUGGAGCGAGACAUGGACCGGAAGCGCUUGGAGGAGCUGCUGGAGGAGAACCUGAUGCUAGAGAUGGCCCAGAAACAGAGCAUGGACGAGUCUCUGCAUCUGGGCUGGGAACUGGAGCAGCUCUCCAAGACCACUCCCGAGCUCACUGAAGUGCCGCAGAAGUCUCUGGGUCACGAGGUGAAUGAGCUGGCGUCCAGUCAGCUGCUGAAGCUGGAGAAGGAGAAUCAGAUGCUGCUGAAGAGCGUGGAGGAGCUGAAGGCCUCCGGUGAGAGCGGCGCGCGCCUCCGUCUGGAGAAACACAACCAGAAACUCAGCCAGCAGCUGGAGCAGCUGCAGGCGGAGCUGGCUGCAGACAGAGAGAGUCUGCGCAGUGCUGAGCGUCUGAGCACAGACCUGCUGAAGGAGAAGGCACAGCUGAAGAAAACCCUGGAGACGCUCCAGCAGAACUCCGACAGACAGGUCAAGGGUCUGGAACAGGAGAACGAUCAUCUGAACCAGACCAUCGCCUCUCUCAGACAGCGCUCUCAGGUCAGCGCUGAGGCCCGCGUCAAAGACAUCGAGAAAGAAAACCGCGUGCUGCACGAGUCCAUCAAAGAGACCAGCAGCAAGCUCAACAAGAUGGAGUUUGAGCGCAAACAGCUUCGCAAAGACCUGGUGCACUACAAAGAGAAAGGAGAAAGAGCCGAGGAGCUAGAGAUGGAGGUCCAUCGACUGGAGCGAGAGAAGGAGAGUCUGCAGAAGCGUCUCGCUGCUCUCGCCAUCACCUGCGGGAAGGUGGAGGUGCUGGAGAAGGAGAAUGCCGAGCUGGAAGCGGAGAGCAGGAAGCUGAAGAAAGCAGCGGACGGUCUGAGGAACGUUUCCUAUCAGCUGGAGGUCCUGGAGAAGGAGAACGCUCAGCUGGACGAAGAAAACCUGGAGCUCCGGCGCAUGGUGGAGACUUUACGGUCCUCCGGAGCCAAGGCUGCCCAGCUGGAGCUGGAGAACAAAGAGCUGGAGAACGAGAGAACCCAACUCAAAAAGAGUCUCGAGCUGCUGAAGGCUUCGUCCAAAAAAAAUGAGCGUCUGGAAGUCAGUUACCAAAGCCUCGACGCAGAGAACCAGCGGCUCCAGAAAGCCCUGGAGACCGGCAGCCGCAAGAUUCAGCAGCUGGAGGGAGAGCUGCAGGACACGGAGGUGGAGAACCAGAGCCUGCAGCAGAGUCUGGAGGAGCUGAAGAUCUCCAGCAAAGGCCUGGAGCAGCUGGCGCAGGAGAACACGGCCCUGGAGCAGGAGAACAGUCAGCUGGAGAAGGACAAGAAGCAGCUGGAGAAGGAGAACAAACGGCUGCGACAGCAGGCUGAAAUCAAAGACUCCAGACUCGAUGAAGACAACCUGCGCAUCUCUCAUCUCGAGAAGGAGAACCGCACGCUGGGCAAGGAGGUCGCCGCUCUCAAAGACACGUGUGGUCGCGUGAAAGACUUGGAGAAGGACAAUAAGGAACUGGUCAAACAAGCAACCAUAGACAAGAAGACCCUGGUCACUCUGAGAGAGGAGCUUGUCAAUGAAAAAUUAAAGACCCAGCAGAUUAACAAUGACCUGGAGAAGCUGACCCAUGAGCUUGAGAAGAUCGGCCUCAAUAAAGAGGGGCUUCUGGGUGAUGAAGAGAGCUCUGAUGACAGGUUUAAACUUUUAGAGUCUAAACUGGAGUCCACUCUGAAGUCCUCUCUGGAGAUCAAAGCGGAGAAGAUCGCUGCUCUAGAAGCCCGACUGCAGGAGUCCUCCAACCUCAACCAGCAGCUACGACAGGAGCUCAAAACGGUGAAGAAGAACUACGAGGCCCUGCGCCAGCGUCAGGAGGAGGAGUGUUCGGCUCAGAGCUCGCCUGCUCGAGGACGGGAGGACACACAGAGCAAGUGGGAGAAGCAGAGUCAGGAGGCCACGCGAGAGCUUCUGAAGGUCAAAGACCGACUCAUAGAGGUGGAGAGAAACAACGCCACUCUCCACGCAGAGAAGCAGGCUCUCCGGACGCAGCUGAAGCAGCUGGAGUCUCAGAGCGGGAAUCUCCAGGCGCAGAUAUUAGCUCUUCAGAGACAGACCGCGUCUCUACAGGAGAACAACACCACGCUACAAACACAGAACGCCAAACUACAGGUGGAGAACUCAACGCUGAACUCUCGGAGUGCCGCUCUCAUGUCCCAGAAUGCUCAGCUGCAGACGCAGCAGUCCGGCACAGAGAGCGAGAGGGACGUGGCCAUACGAGAGAAGGAGGAACUGCGCACGGUCUACGAUCUGCUGCUGCACGACCACGAGAAGCUGUCUGCGCUGCACGAGAGACAGGCGUCGGAGUACGAGGAUCUGAUCGGCAAACACGGAGAGCUAAAGAGCGGCCACAAGAGCCUGGAGCUACAGCACCGCAGCCUGGAGAACAGAUACAAUCAGCUGCUGAAGCAGAAGACCGAGCUGGAGCAGCUGGAGAGAGAUCUCACAGCAGAGCGAGAGAAGAUGAUCUCUGACAGCAAGAGUCAUCAGGACACAGCUACACAGUACCAGAGGCUCAGCGAGGAGCACCACACGUUGAGCUCCACACACCAGCAGCUCCUGAAGGACAAUGAGCUUCUGCAGACAGAUCAUAAGACUCUUAAGAGUCAGCUGAACACGGCCCGGCUGGAGCAGACACGUCUGGAGGCCGAGUUCUCCAAACUCAAAGAACAGUACCAGCAGCUGGACAUAACCUCCACCAAACUCACCAACCAGUGCGAGUUGUUAAGUCAGUUGAAGGGGAAUCUGGAGGAAGAGAACCGGCAUUUGCUGGAUCAGAUCCAGACCCUCAUGCUGCAGAACCGGACCCUGCUGGAGCAGACCAUGGAGAGCAAAGACCUGUUCCACGUCGAGCAGAGACAAUACAUUGACAAGCUCAAUGAACUGAGGAGACAGAAAGAGAAACUCGAGGAGAAGAUUAUGGAUCAGUAUAAAUUUUAUGACCCAUCACCUCCACGAAGGAGGGGCAACUGGAUCACACUGAAGAUGAGGAAGCUCAUCAAGCCAAAGAGUCGUGAGCGCAUGCGCUCUCUCACACGGACUCCUCCCCGCUCCGAGUCCAGCGAAGGCUUCCUGACGCUGCCGCAGCCGGACAGUCAGGACAGCUCGUCUGUCGGCUCCGGAUCCAACUCAUUGGAGGACAGUCUCACCCACCGCAGCGGCAUGCUGAAAAAGCUUCCGUUCAUGAGGAACAGAUCCAAGGAGAAAGACAGAGUGAAGGCCGUCUACCGCCGCUCUAUGUCCAUGAACGACCUGCUGCAGACGAUGGCUCUGUCUGAGGGUCAGUGGUCCAGCAGCACGGAUCAUCUCGACGCUCCUGACGAGGCCAUCGGCGCUCAGCACAGGAAGGAGUUUGGAUCCAUGGACUACACCAGCCUGACUCUGACCCUGACCCGCGGCCGCAGAGCUCGCCACCGCUCCGAUACAGGCAAUGCCGUGUCCAGUGAUGACAUCACUCAGUUGUCGUCGGAGGAGUGCAGUGUGCUGCGAGCUCAGGGUGUGAUGAACGGCAGCGGGAGCAGCGGUGACGUCACUGUGCGUCUGGACAGUCCCCUGAGACAGAUGUCAGCGCAGCACAGCGCUCUGGAGGACAGAUCUGCAGGACGUGAGGUGGUCUCCCUGCAGCAGUUCCUGGAGGAGAGCACAGAGCCAGCAGAGGACGCUCUCUCAGCACAGUCGUCUGGUGUGUCCGGAGCCGCGCCGCAGGCGUCCAGAGAGCGAGUGAAGAGCCGUGGUAUCUUACGCUCGGCCAGCAGUGCACGAGCCGGUCCACCGGGACGUCCCAGCCUGCGCCGGGCCGAGAGCAGCCGUGCCAAGGGCUCCGCGUCGUCUCUGUGUGUGCCGGAGUGUCUGGACUCGUCCUCAGGCCUGCCCCGCGCCAGCAGCGUCAUCUCCACCGCCGAGGGCUCCGUGCGCCGCACCAGCAUCCACGAGCUGCUCUCCAAGGACAGCCGGCAGCCCGUGCUGGUGGACCCCGCGCCCUCCAGUGAGUACGGCCCCGCUCCCCAGGCCCUGCACAAGUCCACUAGCAUGCCCUGCCGCGUACAGGAGCCCGAGCUGUCCAGCCUGCAGGCCUUUCUAGGUCCCUCCUUCACCGUAGACUCCAUCUUUCUGGACUCCAUCUUUAGCGAGCCAGCGGUGACGGGUGGUGCUAGAAACCAGGCCAUCCUGUCCCUCAACACGUCUCUCGUUAGUAGCAUUAGCGGCACUCCCCAUAGAGCCCCUGCGAGCCAGCCCUCAGACGAGCGGCCCGCUGACUCUGAGCCCGGGGCCGGGGCCCUCUCGGAGGACGGCCAGUCGCUGUGGUACGAGUACGGCUGCGUGUGACUGCAUGAGCGCUUCAGUGACUGCUGACCUCUGACCCCUAAACUGUCUGCAUGAGUUUGCUCAUCUGUGUCUGUCUCGUGUCUUUAUGAUUAUCCUGUUGAACUGAACCUCCAUCACUGUUGUAUUAGCUCCACCUGCUGUCUGCUGUGUUUGUAACCGCUAGAGGCUGAUCUAUAUUUAUGACCAUGAGGCUUGUAGAACGAGUCCCAUGAUGCUUCUCUGACGGUGUUAUUUGUCUGGUGGUGUUUGUGUGCAUGCGCUCAGGAUGAGUGUUUCACGAGUGAUGUGUGCCGUGCGCGUCACGCUCGAGGGGCUCUGUACAGGUGAAACGCUCGUGUAUCUCCACCUCAUUGCUCUUCUGUACUGUCCUGCUCUGGUUCUGCAGAUGUGGAAGUGUUACAGGACAGCAGGAAGUCUAAAAGCAGAAGAGCUCAGAGUUGAAUUCUCACG